CUUGUGGUCGCAUCCUGCCGCGGCGUGCACACGCAAGUCAGUGCGCCAUGUGCCCGUGCGGGACAGGUGGAUCCGCUCCACGGCGUCAUGCAUAGCGGCCACCGCGCUCUGCUCUCCCGCUUGAUUUGGCGCUAAAAUAACCCGCGGGAUUUGCGCCGGACAGCGAGGCUCGGUCGUGUGAAGAAGAGUUCGGAGCCCGGGAUGAUCCCACAUGAUGCCACCACGGGCCCUUCCUAAUCCUGCCUCGGCCGCGGAGGAUCCCCAUCAGUCCCUGGACACCUCAGCACCACACUUGGCUCCUGCUCAUUCUCCACAUUUGUCAGCCACUGAUCCGUCUUAACACACUCUUGCCUCACACCGAGAUUACCCACUGAUUUGCUGCUGAGGUUCUGAUAGAGUGGGCGAGCCUAUUUUAUCCUCUGAUGGCAACUUCAAAAGUCAUUCAAAUGUGACAGGAGGUUGCCUGAUGCGUUCGCUACUAAACUUUUUUUUAGAUUUACCUCGUAAAUUUAAAGCCAAAGGCUCUCAGUUGACGGUUUUGUGCAGGUCUCUGAGGUCAAAGAGACUUUAAGGACAUUGAGCUGCAACUCUACAAGCAGUCUUUUGGACCUAUCACCAAAACAGGAAAAUGGACCGGGCAGCUUUGUCCUGAAGAAACAACACCUGCCCUAAGUCUUUUACAAGCUGAUCCAAGCUGUGUACGUUCCGGAUGCUGCCAUGCCCAUCAUCAGCAAUGCUAACCACGACUUCAGCAAUCUGUCCGUCAGUGACGACAGCAGUCUUGACCACAUCUUCACAGAGAUUCCAGAGACUGAGACUAUCAAGGGUGUUUAUUACCAAAGGGCUCAGUUCAUCCGUCAACCAGAGGACCUCGUGUCCGUAGACCACCGCUUACUCGCAGUGAUUAAUGUCGGAGGGAACCGCUACACCUUCCCUUGGACUACACUGCAGCAGUUCCCACUCACUCGCCUGGGACGCCUGUGUGGCUGCAGGUCACCUGAGGACAUUGCCAACGUCUGCGACGACUAUGACGAAGCACGGAAGGAAUUUUUUUUUGACCGCUCGCCAUCCGCCUUCAGGGUCAUCCUCAACUUCCUGGCGGCGGGCAAACUCCGCCUGCUGCGGGAGAUGUGCAUCCUCUCCCUGCACGACGAGCUCACCUACUGGGGCGUGGAGAUGGCCUACAUGGAACGCUGCUGCAAGAGGAAGAUGUACACGCGCAUGGAGGAGGUGCACGAGCAAGAGCGGCAGGAGGAGGAGCGCAGGCAGAGGAAUGCCAUGCAGCGAGUGCCCGUGGAGGAGACCACGUACCGGAAAGUUAUGAACUGGCUCAGAGACAUGGUGGAGAAUCCGCAGUCUGGCUUGCCGGGGAAGAUCUUCGCCUGCCUGUCGGUCAUCAUGGUGGCGGUGACUGUGGUCAGCUUGUGUAUCAGCACCAUGCCUGACCUCAGGGAGGAAGAGGAGAGGGGCGAGUGCUCGGCCAAGUGCCACAACAUGUUCAUCAUAGAGACGGUGUGCGUGGCCUGGUUCUCCCUGGAGUUCGCCCUGCGCUUCAUUCAGGCCCGCAGCAAGUUGGACUUCCUCCGCGGGCCGCUCAACAUCAUCGACGCCAUGGCCAUCCUGCCUUACUACGUGUCCUUGGUGGUGAAAGAGGAGGACCCGUCCAUGGAAAACGAUCGCCCGGGAGGAGGCAAAGGCUAUUUGGACAAGCUGGGUCUGGUGUUGAGGAUCUUACGGGCGUUGAGGAUUCUUUAUGUGAUGCGAUUGGCUCGCCACUCUCUGGGCCUGCAGACGCUGGGACUGACGGUCAGGCGCAGCACACGGGAGUUCGGCCUGCUCUUGCUUUUUCUCUGCGUGGCCGUCACCCUCUUCUCCCCGCUGGUCCACCUGGCUGAAAGUGAGCUCACGGGCACCCACGACUUCAGCAGCAUCCCCGCCUCCUACUGGUGGGCCAUCAUCUCCAUGACUACCGUUGGCUAUGGCGAUAUGGUGCCCAGAUCCAUCCCCGGACAGGUCGUGGCCCUGAGCAGCAUUCUCAGUGGGAUCCUCAUCAUGGCCUUCCCCGCUACCUCUAUCUUCCACAUGUUCUCCCGCUCCUACCAAGAGCUGAAGAUGGAGCACGACCGCUUGUUCAAAGAGGAGUGCGCCGCAGCUGCGGCUGCCGCCGCCGCAGCCAACGCCGCCGGGGAUCUGCAUGAUGCAGGAGAGGGCGUCGAUGGAAAACUGGAGGACUCUGCUGCUCUUGGACUCGGAUUCCAUCUGGAUAAGGAUCGCAAGCACUCACUUGAGUCUCUGGCUCUGUUAGGGAAAGGCGACGAGGCUGCAGCGAAUAAUCACAGUGUGCCAGCAGCCGCUUUCUGAACGACCUCCACAUUUCUUGCUGUCAAUCCAAACCUUCCAGCCUCCUCGCCACGUAAAAUGAAUCGACCAUUUCCCCCCGCAAAGGUCUCCCCUUUCCAUUUGUACCCAGAAUACAUUAAACAUAUGGAGAUUGCAUCCGUUGCAUUUAUAUCGCUCUUCAGGGUGCUGAUGUGGGGCCCCGCAAGUGGAUGUGAGCGAGGACAUUGGACUGAGAGACCGUUUUUAACCCUUUAAACCCAACGGUGCAGGUCGUCUUAUUGAAAGCCUCCGCAGCAAUAUUCGUAACUGCUUGCUUCCAUAAACAUGCAAUACCCAAAGUUGCUUUUUUCUUCCACUGUGAAAAAAAAGAAUACUUUGCAUCUUAAAGUCUACUAAUUAUUACUACUGCUUAUUGAUUUCUUGCCUACAGUAUGAACUGUAAAUGACUCAUUGGAGACUUCAAUAGUCAAACUUGCAGAAUUUAAUGAGAUCCAUUACAAGGAAUAAGCAUGUCCAUACCUCUGUUUACUACAACUAUAAUAGUCUAUUCUGACUUAGACCUGCUCAGUGGCCUUGUGGUUAGAGUGUCCGCCCUGAGAUCGGUAGGUCGUGAGUUCAAACUCCGGCCGAGUCAUACCAAAGACUAUAAAAAUGGGACCCAUUACCUCCCUGCUUGGCACUCAGCAUCAAGGGUUGAAAUUGGGGGUUAAAUCACCCAAAAAUUAUUCCCGAGCACGGCCACCGCUGCUGCUCACUGCUCCCCUCACCUCCCAGGGAGUGAACAAGGGGGUGGGUCAAAUGCAGAGGGCACAUUUCACCACACCUAGUGUGUGUGUGACAAUCAUUGGUACUUUACAGACCUACUGAAAUGCGAUUUUCUUAUUUAAACGGGGAUAGCAGGUCCAUUCUAUGUGUCAUACUUGAUCAUUUCGAGAUAUUGCCAUAUUUUUGCUGAAAGCAUUUAGUAGAGAACAUCAACGAUAAAGUUCGCAACUUUUGGUCGCUGAUAAAAAAGCCUUGCCUGUACCGGAAGUAGCAGACGAUAUGCGCGUGACGUCACGGGUUGUGGAGCUCCUCACAUCCGCACAUUGUUUA